AUGAGGCAGCAGCAGCAGCAAGCAGCACGACCGGGUGACGCGAGGUCGGCGCUACUACACGCUACGCACGCUGUUGUGCACGUCGACGUCUCUCAGAACGUGGGUCUAGCAAUGCUAUGCCCACAAUUCAACUCUCACCAACAAUACAAAAUAGAUAACAAAGCUUCCAUAUUUACAGCAGAAUCAUUAGCAAUUCUCAUGGCUAUAGGGUACAUUCUAUCCAAUAACAUCAAAGAAGCUGCUAUCUACACAGACUCUCUGACUAAGAACAAGGGCAUAAACAUCAGGCUAAUGUGGAUCCCAGCGCAUGUCAAAAUAACAUACAAUCAAGCAGUUGACACAUUGGCAAAGGAAGCAGCUGAUACAGGAACAAAACUGAUAUUUGACUUGCACCACACAGACCUGAAUGAAGAAAUUACAAAAAUAAUCAACCAAGAAAACAAACAGCAACUUCUUAACGAAACCACAUUUAAAGGUAUUCACUUCUUCAUAAAUUACUACAAAGAUACUAAAAAUAAGCCAUGGUUCGCCAAAUCAAGGUAUGAUAGAUAUCACAUCACCAAAAUCAAUAGAUUGAGAGCCAACCACCACUCACUAGCAGAAAGCCUGCACAGGAAAAAUAUAAGGUCCGUCUGCUGUUGUGAAACAGUUAACGGAGAUCGGUAUAUAAAUGAUCAAUCCAAAACCAAGGGCUACACAGCUAGUCUACAUUACGGAAUGUGGCAUCCACGUGAUAAAGAAAAAUACAUAACUUCAGAAGAUUCUACUUGUAGAAUAUGGGACAUGGACAGACUCACACGUCAUAAGGGACUUAUAAGGUGUAAAAAUGAGAGAGGUUUAAAAACUGUACCUACAGCCUGCUCUUACGAUAGAUAUGGCACAGUUAUUGCGCUUGGAUGUACAGAUGGAUCCAUUCAAAUGUGGGACACUCGCCAAGCAUUUGUAAAACCGUCGUUUAUCAACAAAACUGCACAUGGAGAAAACCUAGUAAUAUCGAGCUUACAUUAUUCGUAUAAUCCACUGUUCACUGCGUCCAAUCUUAAUUCGAGAUAUGAAUGUACCAAUUGUAUGUUCAGUCCCGAUGACUCCAUGGUUGUAACUAGCGUGUUAUUAGCCAGAGGACAAACCGCCGGAAAAGUAUUGUUUGACGAUACGAAAACGUUCGAUCGGGUUCACGAAAUAGAAGUCACCGAUUCGCACGUGAUCAAAACUCUUUGGCACCCGAAGCUGAACCAAAUCUUCGUUGGCUGCGGAAACGGUGUGAUCAUGACUUAUUACGACAUCGACAAGAGUUUGAGGGGAGCCAAAUCUUGUGCUGCGAAGCAAAAGUACAGGAAAAAGAAUGUGGAAAUUAAGUCGAGUCAGCAAAUCAUCAAUCCACACGCUUUGCCACUGUUCAGGGAGGACAGACCCAAGUCUGCCCACAAGCAAAUGGAAAAGGAUCGGCAGGAUCCGUUGAAACCGUACAGGCCCGAUCUGCCGAUCACCUCGGGUCAAGGUGGAAGAGUCGCCACCUCGGGCUCUACUCUCAGCUCGUACGUCGUACGUAAUCUUGGUUUUAGUAAAAGAGUCGAGGACGAUCAAAAUCCACGUGAUGCCAUUCUCAAGUACGCCAAAGUAGCGGAGGAAGAGCCCUAUUUUGUUAUACCGGCGUACGAAAAAAACCAACCUCAGCCGAUAUUCUAG